UUGCCCGUGUGUGGACGUCUUGUCGCUCGCAAGAGCGAUUUUGGCCGUCUCUUAAUUCGUGUGUUCUCUUUUAUUAACCUUAAAUACUCUUGGAAGUUCCUAAAAAACUGGAUUGUACGCUCCGUUGGAACCUUAUAAAAGUGACUAAAGUUGGUUUUGUGGUGAAUUGGUGACAGUGUAUUGGAGCUGCUCGCGCUACGUCCGUCGUCGUGCCUGAGUUGGCGUCGUCCCUCCGAUUCUCGCGAGAUAUUCGCCUGUUUACCGAAUUUACAACAACAUUGAGGUUGCCCCGAUAAGGUACCUACUUGGAACUGGGUGUGAACCCAGAUACGGUGUGUGUGGUUUUAUGUAAUCUUAUUUAUACUGUUAUUGAAGAAACUCACAGUGGAGUUCGUGAAUUAUCCGCUCAGUGUGUGUGCAACGAUUGAAUUGUAUCGGAGAUAAUUGAUUUAUUUAAAAGUGCAGUGUACACUUCAACGACAGUUCUCUGAUUGUUAUGCUCUGUAAACAAGUGAUUUGUGUUUUUAUUGGAUUGUUAUCUAUUUGGAUUACCAGCAGCUAAAUGGCCAUUGUCUCACUGGAAGCUAAACCGAAGUCAUGAGCGCGCCUAGGAGUUACCACUCUCAUCAAGCAGGGUAGCUGUUUUACCACGUACUAUCAAGAGGAGACGGAGUAUGGACGUGUCUUUUAAUAAUGUACUGGAAGGGACGCGCCAGUACUUUAUGGGGGUCCCGAAGCAAGCACCAGCGGACGGGUCCAACCAAUCUCUGUGGCCACAGACUGCUCCAGCGCCAGAAGAAGGAGCUCCUGCACUAUCCGGGGCUCCGGCGCCCUCGUCACGUCCACCCUCUGCUGCAGCAGCCCCACCAUCCGUCCCGAGCUCCACGCCCAUCGCAGCUCCUCCGAGGCCACCCUCGGAACCUAUUGAGCCUGAACCGCAUAUUAUCCAUAAGGCUACUGUAAUGCGCGAGGCGGCAGAGAAGCGACGUGAGCAACCUGAGAUAGAGGAUGACGAAGAAGCUGUGGGUACCCUUUCACCUCCAUCGCAUAUAAUCCGCAAGCCACCGCGGACACUCCCCUCUCCUGCACCAGCUCCCGCAGCGCCCUGUCCGUCCCCUGCGAGACCACCCUCCGCUGCGCCUCUGCAGCCUCCUACAGCUCCAGAAUCACAGCUGGAACCCCCUGCACAAUACCGUCCUCCUGUGCAUCGUGUCCAAACACCGACUACACGACAACCGGACCACUAUGCACCAGGUCGACCACCAGACCCGUAUCCUACGUCUAGACCACCAGAGCAGUAUGGGCGGUACCAUUACGAUCCAAAUAUGUCAGAAGCAAACAGAACUUCUCAUGGGCAAGUUGCUUCGCCUCAGCCUUCAUCACAUUCUCGUCAAAGCCCACAAACUUACGCAAGGUUAUCGGUGUCGAUGCCGCAACACGCGACGUCAAGAUUACGCGAUGUAGCUGCGCAAAGUCCACCCACACAGCGAUAUCAAAUGCCACCUGCACAACCGCCGCCGCCACCUAACGAUCGCGUACCACCUAUACAUCAUCCGCAGCCAGUGCCUCCGGCACAGAGGCAUUCCGCUGAUAGCAGAUCAGCACAAAUGCAAUAUGCAUCUCUUCAACAACGUCGCGAGCCUUCGCCUUACGGCCGGACUGCAACACAUUAUGAGAGGCAUCCUGUGCUUCCACAGCGGAAGUAUGAUCAUCAGCAAGCAUACCCGAGCUAUCGGCCUGCACCGGUCGCGCAACCAGUUCAAAGUCACCGCGUAGACACACACCAUCAAGUUCAAUAUAAACCGCAUGCUCCAAUGGAAGUUUUGAGCGCACACUACUCACCUAGGCCGGAACGGUCGCCAGUGCCAAUCCCACCGCACCCACAUGAUGCUGCUCGGUUGCCACCGCGCGCUGCUGACUACCCGGCUAUGAAUAGAUCUGUAGACACUAGGGGUGGAUACCACUAUCCAACACCGUCAACAUCAACAUCACGGUACCCAUCUAGUGCUCCUGUUCCAAUUGUUCAAAACUCAACUCCACCAAGAACGGUUUAUCGUCAAGCAGCGGCACCCAAGACUAGUUACGAGUAUGCUCCUACGCAUCCGGUGCAAACUUCCCCUGCGCGAUCAGCAGUAAAACCCGGUUAUCCUAAUCAAGCACGCAUGACUGUAUCGGUUACCUCUCUUGUAAAUCAAAUGAAUCAAACCAAACAAAAACAAGAACCACCUGCUGCAGUCGCUCAGGUCACUCAAAGUAAACAGAAGCGAGAGUCGCCAUUAGAUUUAUCGGUAAAAACUGUAAAAAAUUCAGCAGACUCCUCAACGACUCAAGACGAUGUUGUUGAUUCGGCUGCAGACAAUAAAAUGAUUGCUCUACCUCACCGGCCCUCGUCGUCCAGCAGAAUCCAUGCUCAUUUGCCUACCACGAGCUAUAAUGUAGCAUCUCACAAAGUUGAUUUUGCUCCAAAUUUUACUCAAUAUGGGGAAAGAAGUACUACUCAUGGGUAUGCGAGUCCGUCACAACCUGCACCUCCAUCUUUACGUUAUAACGGCUCUUAUGAACCACGUCGACCAGUUGCGGAAGCCUAUCCCGUCGAAUCUCCCCAUACCUACCCAGAGAGAGUCGUUCCAGUUAGGCCAGAUUACGUUCCUAAAAUAGAUCUUACACGAUCUGUCAGUAACCAACCAAAUAGAGUGCGUGAUGACCGACACUUUAUUAUAGAAGAGAGGAAACGUCCUACAGAUGCAAUUGUUAGUAACAUUCCGGAGAAAAUUGUUCGCUAUGAAACCUGGACAGCAGACAGCCGGAUAGACCAUCUCAACCAGACUGCUCGUGAACAACGAGAACUCAUGAAACAGCCAGUAUACAGUUAUAGCAGAUAUAAGCAACAGAUAGAAACUUAUCAAAAUGAACAAAAACGACCAGCUAUUACUGGUGUGUAUCGAGAUCACCAUAUACAUGCAAACCGCAGAUACUCAAAUAACCCUUACCAUCCUGAACUAACCCGUGAGACAGGAGAGUACCAUGCUCACUAUCACGAUAGAAAUCCGUCUGUUAAUAGCCGUCAUCACGUUAUACAAAAAAUUCCGAGCCAUAGAGAUAUUCAUACGCAUCAUUUUGAUCCCUCCAGUGGUAUACCUGCCGACAAAAGGGUGCUAAGUAUUUUGAGAAAUAGUUUAGAAACGAAACAUACAGGUUUCGUAGAGCCACCUAGACAAGCCAAGCAAGUUCCCGACCUCAUAGUAAUAGACGAUGCAGAAGAUUCUGUUAUUGAAAUAACAGACCUUACUAAAGACAAUGAAAUAGACAUGGCAUCUAAAAAUUUAACUAAAGUCCGUUCUAACCACAUAACACCGAACCUGCAUCAUCAUAUUCAAAUGCCUAAAGCCGUAGAUUCUCUGCCUCGUGACUCAGAUUUUAAUAAUAGUCCAGAUCCAAAGCCAAUAUCACCUGAAAAUGAUGUAGCUUCUAGGAUAAGAACAAAAGCAGAACUAAAAGUAAUGCCGCCAUCACAAGAGGCAAUUACUAAAGUUGAAACAAAACAGGUUACACCGCCAGAAAAUGAAAAAUUGAAAUUGCUGCCUAGAAAGACUCAUUUGUUUAAUCAGAUAAGGGAAGACAAUUUAAGAUUAGAGUCUGUAAUUAAAAAUGAAGAGCCACCGGCAACAAUAAUUACAGAAGUUAAAGCAGAGCCAAUGAACAUUGAAGAAAUUGAAAAAGAUGCGGUAAUAUCUAUUAAAACUGAAAAUAUUUUAGAGAGUUUAGAACCUGUUGGCAUAAAUGAAGCCACUGAAACUUCUGUUGAAGACAUAGAUUGGGCGAGUGCUUGUGAUAGUUUUAUGGAGCAGUUAAAAACUGGUUGCCAUAAAAAGAAAAUUCACAGAAAACGUAUUGAUACCUACGAUAACGAUAAUGAGAGUAAAAUUGAAAAAUCUCUAAGCAUCGAUUCUGUUGAACCUUCUUCUUCAUUAGAUGUCAAGACGCCAACAAUUAGCAAUACAUUAGAAGAUCAGACAUUAAAACCUGUAGAAGAGACUACUGAAAGAGACAUCACGCAUGCGAUAGUAGAACCUUCACCAUCAACAGAAGAGUUUAUACCAGCUGCAGUUAUAAAACAAGAACCCAUCGAUGAAGAUGACAUCAAUAGUGAAAUGGAAAUGCCUGUGGCAGAAGCCGUUGUAAUAGAUAAGCAAUCCAACAAAGAAAAAGGCAAAAAUGAUAAAAAGAAUGAAAAGUCAAAAGAUGAUAAAUCAACUAAGAGUAAAACAAAAACGAAGGUGAAAAUCGAAAAAUCAGAUAACUCUCCUUCUAAAAAAGAACUCAAAGAAAAGAUACCUAUUAAAACUGUGAUAAAAGAAGAAUGUGAAUCCACGGAUGAUGACGAACCACUUAUUAAGAGCAAAAUUCUGAAAGAAAAGGAGCAAAGUGAUCGACUUAAAUACCAGCUAUUAAAAGACUUGUCAGAGAAGUCAGCGUAUGUUAAGCUCGAGUGUUGUGAUGUAGACGUAAAUAAAAAUACAAGAAAAUCGCUGGAUUCUACAACAGCAAAGGAAAAGGAGGAAAAACAAGGCAAAGGUAAACUAGGUAGACAAAUGUCAAGGACGAAAUCAAAGUUAUCAACUGAUAAAAAUGAGAAGCAAGAGAUUAAUUCAAGUUCAGAUAGUGACGACGAUGAUCUCAGUGUGGCAAGAAGACUUCGUAUGCGUAAAAAUACAAAGACUGAAGAAAAUAAAAUUACCCAUAAUUCAAAGACUCCUGUGAAAUCAUCGCCUGUAAAAAAACAAGACAGCAGUAGUGCAAGUAAUAGUUCAACACCUGUACGAAAACCGACAUUCGGAGAUGGUUCAUAUUUUCACCCGGGCUGGGAAGAGGAAUUAUAUAAAUAUAAACGUUCUCUACGUAUGCCCACUAGACUUAUUGCAAUACCACGAGGCCGGUCGGGUGGGCCGUUUGUAAGAGGAUCAGGUGCAAUCUUUACCAGAGGUUCGACCUCUCUGCCUGAUUUGGACCCGGCACCUCUUUCGCCAGCUCCAUCUUCAGCACCUUCGGCUGCUACUGACGAUUUGUAUGCGAGGCGUCCUGAUAAGCUCACCCUUGAUAGUGAUCUAGAUUCUAAUUCUAGUUAUUCUACACCAAAUAAGUUACAUUAUGAUUCUGAAGCAUCUACUUCGACGGUAUUGUCUUCUAAAAUUAAUAAAAAGAAAAGCAACUCGAUUGUUGAUGUUCUAAUACAAAAAUGCGGGAAAAAAGAGGAGAGCAGAAAGGAGAAAAAAGGUAAAGACAAAGAUGACAAAACACCUAAAAUGAUUCCUAAGAAAACAUCGAGUGAAUUGCUACCAACACCUAGCUUAGGCCUCAUAAAAAACGGAAAUAAAGGCAGUUACAAUGUUAAAAAAGAAAAACUGAUGGAGGAUAUUUUUUAUUUGGGAGCAUUCCGUAAAGAAACUGUAACUGCUUUCAGAAAUUCAUUUAUUAAAGACACGGAUGGUCUGAUAGGAGCGACCGAAGAGUUCGCCCCAGUAGUUCUCAAAUCAAGGACAAGAACUGAAAGUCGCGUGCUUAAACAAAGAGCUACAAUUAAAGAAGUAUUUGGUGAUGAACGACCUGCUUCAGCGCCUCCAACAUCUUGCCGAGAAGAAGAAGAAGUUCCGGAAGAAAAGGAGAUAAAAGUUACUGAGAUUAAAAAAGAACCAGAAUCCAAACCUAAGUUUAAACCUAGGAAGAUUGUCAAAGAUAAACUGAAACGAAGAUCUAGUUCAAUCAGGGAUGGGCUUAGAAGCACAAAAUCAUUGAAAAGGAACGAUGCUAAGGGUCGACUUAUGCGUUUAAAGAAAAGAAAUAGCAUAAUGAAAUCAUUGAAUCACAAGAGAACUAAAGAAAUAUCAGCAAAUAAACAUAAAAACGAAAAUGCUACUCCAGAAGAUAAAGACAAAUCAAAAGUAGAAGGUAGUUCUCUAGCUCCAACUGAAGGCGUGAAUACCAAAAGACGACUGAAGCGCCUUUUUGGUAGGAGAAAAUUUAGUUCGGGAUUUGAUUAUAUCAGAAAGAAGAAGAAGAUUAUACGCAGAGAAGAAGCGGCCACAAAAAUACGGAGACCUGCUGCUAAGCCCAGUCCAGAAUCAGUUCAUGACAUCCAAAAAGAAAUCAAAGGCUGGUUCAUUAACAAGAGCAUUGGAGAAACGCAUCUCCAUAGAGCUGCUAGACUUGGAUACACGGAUUGUGUCGCGUAUUGUUUGGAGAAGUUGGAGUCGGAUCCUUCAGCCAAAGAUAACGCAGGCUUCACACCUUUACAUGUGGCGGCCGCGAAGGGUCAUGUUAGAAUAGCUCGACUUCUCCUGCAGUACGGUGCUAACGUGUCAGCGGCUGCUCAGGGAGGAAUCAGACCUUUACAUGAAGCUUGCGAGAAUAGUCACGUGGAAGUCAUACGUCUACUUCUGUCAUACGGCGCGGAUCCACUUCUCGGAACAUAUUCUGGCCAGACCCCAGAGGAACUGACAGAGGGUCUUGCCUCAACAUUAUUGAGAUUACACAUUGCCGACGUACAGGGAAAUGCAAUUGAACCUUGGCGGUUUCCACCACCAACCGAACUGAUAGAUCGUGAGGAGAUGGGCUGCGAUCCUCUUUCGUCGCCUCCUCCCGCUUCCCCGCCGCCGCCUCCGGACUCUAUGAUCGAGAUUCAGUGCACUGAGGCUCCACUGCCGCCCUUCUACAGUCUGAGAACUCCCGCUGGCCAACCAGCUGACGGCUUGUGGUGUUUGUUGCAGGACAUCACUAAUUUAUUACAGAUCAAAUCAAAGGAUAGUCUUCUAAAACAGAUCCAUUGCGGGUCUGGAUCACCAAAAGAGUUGUUGCGCGAGAUUCGUACACAGGAGUUUUUGGAACGAGCCCAGUGCCACCAACUGCUCGGCGCCGGAGAGAAAGUCAACGUGCGAGCCUCGAAAGUGGCGCUCGUCCGGGUGACCGACAAGUUGAGGCAACUGCUCAAGAUUGAAACUGUACUGGUUAGCUGACAUUAGGAUAAAUUCUAAGGCCACUCAGAGAUCAAAUAAAACUUAAUUCUCUUUUACGGACAUAAAGAUUUGAGGCCUAAAUUAA